AUGGUUCUAGAAUUUUUAAAUGAACUUUCCCACGAUUUCACAAAACUACUCGAAAAUAAACAAGACUCGGACUUUUCAAUUACCAUUGGUAGCGAACCCGAUAAUGUAAAGGUUUUCCAUUUACAUCGAUUGAUUCUGCGUGCUCGGUCACCGUUUUUUGCGGCUAUUUUUAAUUUGACGACGACGAAAACGAAUACUAAUAAGAUUGGUGAAUUCUCGAAAAACGCUGAUAGUUCUAAUAAUCAAUUGGCAAUAAAAAAUGAGGAUCUUUUUAAGAAUACCUCGCCUGCUAUUUUUGAAGUGAUUGUCAAAUUUCUUUACGGUGGAGCAUUUAACGUUAAAACACAUAGUCUCGAUGAGUUAUUCGAAAUUCUUGUGACUGCACAUAAAUUCAGAGUCAAGUCGCUUACUUCCUAUCUCGAAGAAUAUCUAACAACCAAACGAGCGGAUGACCUACGACAGAAAUUCGCUCAACUCACCAAAAUAGUUUACGAGAAUUCGAGUCUUACAAAAUUACAAAGUUUUCACAAUGAUGCGACAGAGAAUGCCGCAGAGACAAUAUUUGAGUGUGAAGAUUUCACGUCGCUAUCGGAAGCGACUCUUGUCUCAUUGUUACGAAUCGAUUCGCUUCGAUUAAAGGAGAUUGAAAUUUGGGAAAAAGUUAUAAAAUGGGGAAUAUUCCAAUGUCAAAAUUUACCCGCAGAUUUUUCGUCGUGGACUGCACGACAUUUCGAGACUCUGCGUGUAAAUUUAUCAUGUUGUAUACCACUGAUACGUUUCUUUGAUAUCUCUUCAGAAGACUUUCAUCAAAAAGUUUUGCCCUAUCAACAAAUUAUUCCGGAUCAGAUAUUAAAAGAUUUAAUAGACUAUCAUAGAGCGGGAUACGCACCAAUAACGCCUAUUCUUCCUUCUAGAAGUCCAUUUAUGUAUUCGUCUACACUGUUACGGAAACAGCAUGCGAGAUUUCUAUCUCGAGCUAUCGAAGGAUCAUCAUCAAUAAACGGUAUUUCCACACCGUGUAUAAAUAGCACAUCACAAUGCUCGUAUGAAUUUCGUUUGAUUCUACGAGGCAGUCGUGAUGGAUUCUCCCCUUCAAUUUUUCAUCGAUUCUGUGAUGGAAAAGGACCAACUAUAACCGUCAUAAAAAUAGCCAAUUCCGAGAAACUGAUUGGUGGUUAUUGUCCAUUCAGUUGGCAAUCGAAAGGAGGUUAUCAAUAUACGACCGAAAGUUUCAUCUUUCAAUUACACGAGCAAACAUGUAAAAACGGAAUCUUGAGUCGUGUCGUCGAUCCGACUAAAGCGGUCUAUUUCUGGCAAACCUUUGGUCCAGGAUUUGGAAAUGGCCCCGAUUUGGCGUUACGUGAAAAUUUCAAAGAUCCUUCACAAUCGUUUUGUCGCCAGAAAUCUUAUGAAGAACCUAUUAUUCCUGGUGCGGAUAGACGUAGAGUUCAUUUUACUACGGAAGAAUACGAACGGUAUGACGGUUGUAGCCCCUCUUUUAUCGCUCGUUCACCUGGACGUGUGAACCUUAUUGGGGAACAUAUCGAUUACGCGGGUUUCGGGGUUUUGCCAAUGGCCAUAAGUCGUGAUGUACUUAUUGCUGUUUCAUACGAGGAUACUAACAAUAAUAAUGGCGAAAUAGUCGUAGAAAUUUCCAAUAUACAGAACACACGCUACCCGGACAGAAAAUUUGUGUAUCAGGGUAAAGAACGUGUUGUUGAUAUUGAGAAUGAAGAAGGAGUCGUGGAAUGGGGCAAUUAUUUCAAGUGUGGAUAUAAAGGUGCACUUCAAUACCUACAAUUAAAUCGUCCUAAAGGAAUGCGUUGUUUGAUUGAUGGGAAUGUGCCGGAAGGCGGUGGGUUGUCGAGCUCGGCCGCAUUUACAUGUUGUGCGGUAUUGGCCACUUGUUUUGCUAAUGGUGCUCAGUUGAAUAAAAUUCAAUUGACGGAGAUUGCAGCCUCAUGUGAGCGAUUCAUUGGACUUGGUACCGGAAACAUGGAUCAAACAGCUUCUAUCUGCUCCCUUCUCGAUCACGCACUCUACAUAGAAUUUCUCCCGACUCUAACACCCACACCCAUAAAAUUGCCCACCAUCAACCCGCCUCUGGCAUUUGUAAUCGCAAAUUCACUUACCAAGGCCGACAAAGUAGCCACCGCGCCUACAAACUACAAUUUACGUGUAGUCGAAACAAAAAUUGCUGCAUAUUAUUUGGGCCGACAACUUUUCGACAAAGAUUGUGAGAUCUUACGAAAUGUGGUGGAUUUAUACGAUUCCGAUAAUCACAAAAAGGGUGUGACCAUAGAAAAAUUAAAUGCGCUUUCACAUGAGAUUGACCGGUUAUUUGAAAAGAAACAAGAAGGAUAUCGAUUAUCAGAGCUUUCGAUUCUUCUGGAACUUGAUGUUUCGGAAAUCAAGCGCCGGUUUAUUGGACAGUAUACUAUACGUGCUGAAACCUUUCAUUUAUAUAAACGUGCGAAACAUGUGAUAGAAGAGUCGCUAAGAGUAUUAAAGUUUUAUGAGGCUUGUGUACGAGGUUGCGAUGCAGACGACCAUAGUAAAAGCGAAGAGCUAUUUGAUACAUUAAGCAAGUUGAUGAAUCAAAGUCACGCGAGUUGUCGUGAUCUUUAUGAUUGUUCGUGUAAGGAAUUGGACCAGCUUGUCGAAAUAUGUUUGGGGAAUGGAGCAAAGGGAAGUCGAUUGACUGGUGCUGGAUGGGGCGGAUGCACUGUAUCCUUAGUUCCUUUAAAUAUGGUUAAUAGUUUUAUACAUAACGUUCGCGAGAAAUAUUAUCGACCACUGUUUCCAAAUUUAAGCAAAGCAGAAUUAAGUAAUGUCAUAUUUGCGACUACCCCGGGAAGCGGGGCUGCUGUUAUCAUUGAUUUAUAA